GAUUUAAUUAAAUUAGGAUUUAGUUUGUGUAUAGAUGGCUGCAAAUCCUCUGUUUAAUGUGGAGGAUACUGAUGAAGAUUUUUUUGAUAAAUUAGUUGAUGAUGAUGAUGAUAUUAAGGAUUAUAAUAUCAAUAGCAAUAAUAGUAAGGUUAAUGCUCCAUCACUGUCUUUAAAUAAGGAGAUUAGUGAUAUCGAUGAUUCGGAGGAUGCUAAAGCUUUUGCUAAUUUGAGUCUUAGUGAUGAUUUUGGGAAAUUAGUUGUAGAGGAAGGUGUUAAAGAUUUGAGUUUGGUGGAUAAUGAUGUAAAAGAUGAGAGCUUGGAGAGUAAGAAUGUGGAAACGAGUCGGUUAGUGAAUUCAAAUUCGUUUGCUUUUGAUAACGUGGAGGGAGUUGGUAAUGAGGUAGGUAAGAUUGAGCAGAAGUUGGAAAGUGAGAAUCCGGGGAAUGGUUCUGGAGAUGGUUUUGGUGUUAAGGAGGUGCAGUGGGGUGCUUUUGAUUCUGAUUACCCGGAUUUCUUUAACGAGUUUGGAGAUGGGUUGGGUGAUCAGAUAGGGAAAGAGGAUAGUUUUUUUGGCGGCGAAUCAAAUGGGGUGGUAAAGGAUGUCGUGCAGGUGAAGAAUGUUAAUGAUCACUCGCAACACGUUCCAACAGCUAUUAAUGAUUACUCACAGCAAUUUCAGACUGUUGGUAAUGAUUACUCACAGCAUGUUCCGGCAGUUGUUAAUGACUACUCACAGCAAGUGCAAGGGGAUCAAGUGUAUGCAAACAUGGGGGAGCAAGGAAUGGAUGGUCAAGAUCCGUAUCCCGGAUGGAAAUAUGAUUCGAAUACUGGACAAUGGUAUCAAGUAGAUGAAAGUUAUAACACAAGUAGUUAUGAUUCAAAUUAUGCACAGGGGGAUAAUAUCGCGAAUUCCGCUUUUGAUUGGACUGGUUCCAAUGAAAAAUCAGAGGUUUCUUACUUGCAGCAAUCUGCCCAACCUGUCGUGGCUGCUUUAGCAGAAACAGGCAAAACUGAAAAUGUUACAAGUUGGAAUUCGGCUUCUCAAACUAAUGAAAGUUUUUCACAGUGGAGUCAGGGCUCACAAGAUAAUAACAAGGUGUAUCCGUCACAUAUGGUUUUUGAUCCCCUAUACCCUGGUUGGUAUUAUGAUAUGAAUGUCCAAGAAUGGAGAUCUUUGGAUGAAUAUAAUUCACAAUCAACUGUUGUAACUCAGGACCCGGUUAACCAAAAUGGGUCCGGGUCAAGCAAUGCUUAUUAUGGAAAUGAUGGGAAAACACAUGGUGGGCAUGGAGAGUUGGAACAGAAGCAAGAUUAUAGCCGGAAUGGUUCUUUUAGCAAUGCUGAACAACAGAGUUCAACAACGUGGCAACCUAAUGCUGAACGACAGAGUUCAACAAUGUGGCAACCUAAUGCUGAACAACAGAGUUCAACAACGUGGAAACCUAAUGCUGAACAACAGAGUUCAAUAAUGUGGCAACCUAAUGCUGAACAGAGUUCAACAAUGUGGCAACCUAAUGCUGAACAACAGAGUUCAACAAUGUGGCAACCUAAUUACGUUGCCAACAGUGCGACUAGAAACAGCCAACAAUCAGCAAAUCAGUAUAGCACUAACUUUAAUGUAGAUAACCAUGUAAAUCAACAACAAUAUUAUGAUAAUAGGGGAACUAUGGCUUCUUCUAACACAGCUACCCAGAUUAAUAACGAGUUCCCUACUGUUUCUGGUUCUCAACCGUUUGUUCCUUUUAGUCCGCCACUAAGUCAGCCACUGGAGCAAAACGAGAUGAUGAAUGUCCCAAAGGGUUAUGGCAAUCAGAAUCAGCUGAGCUAUUUGCAGCAACAUGUUCAAAGUAAUUAUCACACAUCUAAUGGCUAUACUACAGGAAGGUCAUCGGCUGGCCGCCCUCCUCAUGCAUUGGUUACAUUUGGUUUUGGUGGGAAACUGAUUGUGAUGAAAGAUAGUAACAAUGUGAUGAAUGCAUCCUAUGGAGGCCAGGAUUCAAAUUCUGGGUCAAUAUCUGUUCAUAACUUAGCAGAAGUUGUCACUGGAGGAGCACGUGUACAUGACUACAUUCAAACACUCUGCCAGCAACCGCUUCCUGGUCCACUGUCUAGUGGAAAUGUUGGCGCUAAAGAGCUGACAAGAUGGAUUGAUGAUAGAAUUACACACAAUGAAACUUCUGAUGUAGAUUACAAGCAAGGUGAAGAUGUAAGAUUGCUUCUUUCCUUGCUGAAAAUAGGUUCACAGCACUAUGGCAAAUUGAGAUCUCCCUUUGGCUCAGAUACUACCUUAAAGGAUAACGAUGCCCCAGAAGUAGCCGUUGCUAGGCUGUUUGCAUCCGUGAAGAACACUGCUGAAUCCAAUAAUUAUGGUUCUUAUGCUCAUUGCUUGCAACAAGUACCUUCGGAAAGACAAACUCGGGAAACUGCUGCUGAAGUCCAAACUCUGCUUGUUUCUGGUAGAAAAAAAGAGGCUCUUCUUCGUGCACAAGAAGGUCAACUGUGGGGGCCGGCACUUGUUCUUGCUGCACAACUUGGUGAUCAGUUUUAUGUAGAGACAGUUAAGAAAAUGGCUCUUCAGUUGGUACCAGGAUCACCGUUGCGGACAUUAUGUCUGCUUAUUGCUGGUCAACCUGCAGAUGUGUUUGCAGCUGAUGUUACAACAGAUGGAGUCAACCCUUCUGCCAUAAAUAUGUCCCAACAGCCUACACAGUCUCAAAUUAGCAUCAAUGGUAUGCUUGAUGACUGGGAGGAUAAUUUGGCAGUAAUCACUGCUAACAGAACAAAAGAUGACGAGUUGGUGCUUAUUCAUCUUGGAGACUGUUUGUGGAAAGAAAGGAGUAAUAUUAUCGCGGCACACAUAUGUUACUUAGUUGCAGAAGCGAGCUUUGAGCCAUAUUCAGACACUGCUAGACUGUGUCUUAUUGGUGCAGACCACUGGAAACAUCCCCGAACAUAUGCCUCCCCGGAAGCUAUACAGAGGACAGAGGUGUAUGAAUAUUCAAAGAUGCUUGGAAACUCUCAGUUCACCUUGUUACCAUUUCAACCGUAUAAGCUUAUAUACGCUUACAUGUUGGCUGAAGUCGGAAGAGUGCCAGACUCCCUGAAGUAUUGUCAAGCCAUAAUGAAAACGUUAAAAACUGGACGAAACCCUGAGGUGGAAACUUGGAGACAACUGAUUAUAUCCUUGGAGGAUAGAUUAAAAACUCACCAACAGGGUGGGUUCUCUACAAAUUUAGCUCCUGGUAAAAUAGGUCGUAAAGUUCUGAACUUUUUUGAUAGCGCUGCACAGAUUGUUGUUGGUGGUUUACCACCACCUGUUCCAUCUACAUCUGGCGGUGUUGCCGACUAUAACCAACCACCAAAGGCGUCUAGAGUAUUAACUAGUCAAUCAACAAUGGCAAUGUCGUCCUUAAUGCCAUCUGCAUCUUUGGAGCCUACCAAUCAGGGUGAUGGAAACAACAGAAUGAUGAUGCAUAACCGAAGUGCUUCCGAACCUGAUUUUGGUCGAUCUCCCAGGCAGGACCAGGAUGAAACAUCGAAGGUUAACUCCGCAGAUUCACAAAGUAAAGCAUCUGGGAGUGUUUCAAGGUUCAGUCGCUUUGGUUUUGGCUCUGGGCUAUUCCAAAAGACGGUGGGCAAGGUGUUAAAACCUCGCCAAGACAAACAGGCGAAAUUAGGUGACACAAAUAAAUUUUACUACGAUGAAAAGCUUAAGAGAUGGGUGGAAGAAGGUGUUGACCCGCCAGCAGAGGAAGCAGCCCUUGCUCCACCACCAACAAUGGCAACGUUCCAAAAUGGAUCACCAGAUUAUAGCUUAAAGAGUGCAUUAAGAACUGAAUCUGUCAACAGUGGGAGCUCGGAAUUCACCAGCCCUACUCCCUCAAGUCACAAUUCAGGAAUUCCACCAAUUCCAGCUACAUCAAACCAGUUUUCUGCUCGCGGAAGGAUGGGGGUUCGAGCAAGGUAUGUUGACACUUUCAACAAAGGUGGCGGAAAUGCGACCAACUUAUUCCAGCCGCCUUCUGUCCCUACUAUCAAACCACCUGCAACAAGUCCAAACCCGACAUUUUUUGUUCCCACAGCUGCCCCUGUAGUAGAACAGCCAGCUGAUGUGGCUUCUAACAAGUUGCAACAAAACACAACACCCGAUGACUCAACUCCCCCAUUCUCUUCUCGGGCUAGCUCAUUAUCAAUGAGCAUGCCCAAGUUUGCAUCCAUGGGUGAUAUUUCAAAAGGGGGAACAUCAACAUCAGCAUCUUCAUAUGCCAAUCAGUCCAUGUCACGAAGAACACUUUCAUGGAGUGGAAGUGCCAAUCAAGAUUUUUCAGCUUCUGGUAAUGAAUUGCAAGCAUUUGGAGGGGUCUCGGGUGCGUUUAUUCCAAAUCAGACUGGUUCUAUGCACUCGUCGAAUGAUGAUCUUCAAGAAGUUGAACUUUAGAGUAAACAAGAAGGGAAGGUUUUUUGUUUUUUUUUUUCCUUAUAAUUUUCAUAUAUUAUAUAACAAUUUGUAUAAUGGAAAGCAAUUGAGGUUACUUAGUUGUUUAAAGAGAAAGGUUUUGUUAAAUUCUAAAGAGUGGUGGUUCUUCAGAAAUAGCAAAAGAAAGAGCUCCGCUGUAUAUACACUUCAUUUGUUUAUUUGUUCAGGAAGCAGUAACGCCCCCCACUUGAAAAGUGAAUUAGUCUUUUGGCAAAAUAGAAGAGAGGGGACUGUAAUUUUAUACUUGUUUUUAAUUAAAUUAUAUAUAUCGAACAAAAGAAUGUUAAGUACACACACUUGCAUGUCA